UUUCCAUAUUUUCUCCCCUGAGGUAGCGUGCCGCAUUGUGUAUGUAUAGAAUAUUGUAGCAAAACAAAAGAAAACUGCCCCAAAAAAAAGAAAAACAAAACCAUCGAUCACUCAAGUUUUUAUGCAGAAAAGGAGUUCUUGGAUCCGUCAAAGCCAUGGUCAACCCACAAACCGAAAAAUCGUCUUGUGUUUAGCAGUUCCACUGCCCUCGAGAACAAGGCAAACACCAGACCUCUCAUCCCCUCUCCGUAUGACAGGAGCACAAACAGAACUUGAGAGACAAAGCCAGCAACAGCACACGCGUCUGCAAAUCCACUUGUUUCUUCUCUUAGCCAUUUUAUCAAAUUUACAGGGGUGACUGGUGAGGUCAACCUUCUGAUGCUCUCUUCUCUAUUCUUCCUUCUUCUACACUUCAUUAAAUGCUAUUACUGCGUUGGGGAAGCAUUCUCACGCCCCUCAAUUAUGCUGAAGAGUACCCUUCAACUGUCUCUUCUGGUCUUCUUUCCAUUCGUCCUCCCUUCUUCAGUCUCAAUCCUCUCCUUUAUUAUAUCUGUGCUUUCGUGACCUUCGACUUCUUUUAUCCGUAUCAAUUUUGGCCUUGUUCAUUCGCCGUGGAAUCUCCAUCAACAAGAUUCUGGCGCGGCGAGAAGAAAAUCGCAUCUGUAUAUUUUACCUUUGCUCGUGUUGCGAACUUCCUCUUUCAUAGUCGGUGACGGACACGAUUUCGUUUUCUUCAAGGGAAACUCCAAGUUACAAGACGCGCCGAAAAGUACCCAUUCUUCAAAUUACGAUUUCCAGGAUUUUCUUCCUUGUUCGCGACAUUAAAUUCCCCGAACAAUAGCAGGUUUUCUGAGACCUUUUGACAGGAGCCAUGAAGAAAACCUGGUCAUUCAUCCAUAUCAUAGGUAUCCUGUGCCUGUCUAAUCUCCUCUUGUCUGAAAUCUCUCUGGCUGGCAUUCAGAGCAUCGGCACGAUCACUCCUGGGUUUCAAGGCUCUCAGAUGACUUGGAUUGACAAAAACGGUAAGUUUCUCAUAUCGGACAAUGGAGAAUUUAUGCUUGGCUUCAUCCCUACACCGAACGACAACUCGUUAUAUCUUCUAGUAAUCGUCCACGGCGACAAUUCCAUGGUGGUUUGGACAGCAAACAGAGACCUCCCUGUUAGUAAUUCUGACAAGUUUGUGUUCGACAAAACCGGUAAUGUCUUUCUACAGAAAGGAAGCGCCGUGGUUUGGUCUACAGAUACCAAGGGCAAAGGUGUUUCUUCAAUGGAGUUACAGGACUCAGGAAACUUGGUGUUGCUUGCUAACGAUAACAGUACAAUUUGGCAGAGUUUCAGCCAUCCAACUGAUACGUUAUUGCCAAAGCAGGAAUUCACAGAGGGAAUGAAACUUGUCAGUAAACCUAACCCAAAUAACUUGACCCACGUUCUGGAGAUCAAAUCUAGUGAUUUAGUUCUCUCUGCUGGUUUUAAGAACCCACAGCCCUAUUGGUCUCUGCAGAAAGAUGACCGCAAAAUCAUUGAUAAAGACGGUAACGCGGUGGCUUCAGCCUCCAUCACUGCAAACUCAUGGAAGUUCUAUGAUAAAAAUAAAUCCUUGUUAUGGCAGUUCGUUUUUGCUGAAGAUUCAUCGGGCACAAAUUCCACUUGGGCUGCCGUUCUGGGAAGUGAUGGUUUCAUCACUUUCGCUAAUCUCAAUGGUGGAAGUUCGAUUAAUCCCUCGCCAACAAGGAUUCCCAAAGAUUCUUGCAGCACACCUGAACCUUGUGAUCCUUAUUACAUAUGUUCGGAUGAUAACAAGUGCCGUUGCCCUUCGGCUCUGAGAUCUGGUGCCAAUUGCAAACCAGGUCUUGUCUCUCCUUGUGAUGACUCAAAGGUAUCCGCAGAACUCGUGCAAGGUGAUGGUGGUCUUGGUUACUUCGCUCUUGGAUUCCUUUCGCCAUUCUCCAAAACUGAUUUGGAUGGCUGCAAAUCUUCUUGUCUAGGAAAUUGCUCAUGUCUUGCGGUGUUCUUCCACAAUAAUUCAGGGAACUGUUUCCUGUUGGAUAGUAUAGGAAGCUUUGAGAAUUCUGAUGCAGACUUAGGUUUUGUUUCUUACAUUAAGGUCUCGAGUAAUGGAGGAUCUAGCUCUUCAGGUGGCAGUGGAAGCAGCAAGAAGCACAUUGUGGUGGUGGUGGUUAUUAUCAUAACUACUUUGCUUGUCAUUUUGGGGCUGCUCUAUGUGGGACUUAGAUGCUACAGAAGAAAACAAAAAUUUGCUGAGUCUGCAAGAGGGAGUUCAGAAGAGGACAAUUUCUUGGAGAAUAUUACUGGAAUGCCUGUCCGUUUCAGCUAUAAAGACAUGCAAACAGCUACUAAGAACUUCUCUGAGAAACUUGGACAUGGAGGUUUUGGCUCAGUUUAUAAAGGAGUUCUACCAGAUGGGUCUCUACUAGCUGUGAAGAAGCUGGAAAGCAUAGGCCAAGGAAAGAAAGAGUUCAGGGCUGAAGUUAGCAUCAUUGGUAGCAUUCAUCAUCUUCAUCUGGUUAGGCUUAAAGGAUUCUGUGCUGAAGGAACUCAUCGCCUGCUUGCUUAUGAGUUUAUGGCAAAUGGCUCAUUAGAUAAAUGGAUAUUCAAGAAAAGUGAAAGAGAAUUCAUGUUGGAUUGGGAUACGAGGUUUAAUAUUGCUUUAGCCACAGCAAAAGGGCUUGCAUACCUGCAUGAGGACUGUGAUUCAAAGAUUGUUCACUGUGACAUCAAACCAGAAAAUGUGCUUCUUGAUGAGAAUUUCCUUGCCAAAGUUUCAGAUUUUGGAUUGGCUAAACUCAUGAAUCGCGAACAAAGCCUUGUUUUCACAACACUGAGGGGAACUAGGGGAUAUCUUGCACCAGAGUGGAUCACAAACUAUGCUAUAUCAGAGAAAAGUGAUGUGUACAGCUAUGGGAUGGUGUUGCUAGAGAUUAUUGGGGGAAGGAAAAACUAUGAUCCUAACGAAUCUUCAGACAAAUCUUUCUUCCCAACCUUUGCUUUCAAGAUGAUGGAAGAAGGGAAGUUGAAAAAUCUUCUUGAUUCAAAAUUGAGAAUAGAUGAAAAUGAUGAGAGGUUUCAUAUUGCCAUCAAAGUUGCUUUGUGGUGCAUACAGGAAGAUAUGUCUUUGAGGCCUUCCAUGACCAAAGUUGUUCAGAUGCUUGAGGGUCUCUCUACUGUUCCUAAGCCGCCACCAUCUUCUCCCAUGGGUUCUCGCCUUUACUCGUCUUUAUUCAAAUCUAUGAGUGAAGGUGGUACCUCUUCUGGACCAUCAGACUGUAAUAGUGAUGCAUAUCUUUCAGCUGUUAGGCUUUCAGGACCAAGAUAAAGGUAAAAUGUUUUUUUUUUUUUUCCGGUUUUUUUAGGGGACGUCACCUUGGUUAGCUAUCCUUGUAUAUGGUUCCACACACUUUUUUUUAUUUUUAUAUACUUUGAUUGGUUACUCGAGUUUUGUAAUGUGAAUAUCCGCUUAUCUAAUACACUAUAGCUAUGUAAGCUGUGUUGAAAGAUGUUAUCUGGUAGCUUUAUGUUUUGCAAAAUUGCCAGGAAUGGAAAAGAUUCUCUUUCGAGGGAAAUAGGUCCUUGUAAAGACACAGCAAAGUUGUGCUUAUUAAGGACUUACUAGAGGUAGAAGGCAAGUCAAUUUCAACAACUAUUAUAUCAUCCUGCGUAUUUGUUGAACUUGUGCAUAAUUACAUUUUGGACUUCUCUAUUCAAUUAUCAA